AUGGCUUGUUCACCCGUAAACAGCCUCUCCAAAAUGAAGAGAAAAAUGAAAUUAAAAUUUUUAAGAAAAAAAAAAAAUUUUUUCAAAUUAUACGUAGAUAAGAAUUAUCUAGUGAUGGAUGUCCGUUCCCUUGAGAAGAGCUCCAAAGACGACGUCGAAAACUUGGAUACUAAGAAAAGGAUAAUGAACAUGCUCAUUAUGAGUAACUAUUACUACAUCCUGAGCAGUGCGAAGAUAUAUUUCAAGCAUUUUAAACGAUUGAAAUGUUACAAAAUAAUAAAAAAAAAAUUUAUCCAUAGAGAAAAUACUUUUCUAACUGAAGAUAUCAACUUUCGCAUCAUGUCCAGAAUUGCUAAUCGUGUGUCGUAUAGCGAUCUCUUAAAAGAAACAGAAAAAGAAAAAAAUAUAUAUAUGGCUAAUUUCAAAGACACUAACACGAAAAAGGAAACACAUAUCGAUGGAACAUGUGAGGAUGACCCCACUCACCAUUACCUAUUGGAUUCAUUUGAAGCAAAUUAUAGGGGCAUUUUAGAUACAGCCUCCACGAAGAAUAGAAAUUCCAUAUCAAGUGAACUUCAAGACUUUUAUUACAUGCAAAAAAAGGAACUUAUUUUUUCUCAUUACAGAUUAUAUAGAAGAAGCUUGAACAACAAUUUCGAAUUGUUUUUCAAAUAA